AUGGAAAACCUCACGCCAGAACAAUGGCGCGAGAUUAUGAACAAGAAGAUGCUGUUCCCUCCGGAGCUCAUCAGUGCAAUUCAGGAAGGGAAAAUAGAGCUGCUGUGUGGACUGUUGAAAACCGGUGAUGGCAUCAUCCGUCAGCUGGAUGAAUCUGAGGACCGCCAGUGGAGAGAGGCCCUCAACCUGUCCAUCCGCCUGGGCAAUGAGGAUGCCAUGGACACCCUCCUGCAGGGGGUCAAGUUUGACUUCCGUCAGAUUCAUGAGGCCCUGCUGGUUGCUGUGGACACCAACCAGCCCAGAGUGGUGAAGCGUCUGCUGGACCGCCUUGACCAAGAGAAAGGCAACAAGAUGGACGUGCGCUCCUUCUCUCAGGCCAUCUUUGACCACUCUAUUGACAAUUCCCAGUUUGCCCCCGGUGUCACCCCUCUGACCUUAGCCUGCCAGAAAGACCUGUAUGACAUAGUCACCAUGCUCACCCAAAAAGGUCACAUCAUCCCAUGGCCACAUAAGAUAUCCUGCGCCUGUCUGGAAUGUCGAAACGGGCGGCAGUACGACCUGCUGAAGUUCUCCUUGUCUCGCAUUAACACCUACCGUGGCAUCGCCAGCCGUGCUUACCUGUCCAUCACUUCUGAUGAUGCCAUGCUCAGAGCUUUCAGUCUCAGCAGAGAGCUCAGGAAGCUCUCACAAAAAGAGCCAGAGUUCAAGCCUCAGUACCUUGGCCUGGAGCAGCUCUGUCAGGAGUUUGCCGUUGAGUUGCUGGGCAUGUGUCGCAACCAGAGCGAGGUCACCACCAUCCUUAACAGCUGUGGAGACGAGAGCCAGGAUGCCUUACAAGAGCAGGCCUUUGAGGAGGGGAUACCCAACCUGUCACGACUGCGGCUUGCUGUCAACUACAACCAGAAGCAGUUUGUGGCACACCCAAUCUGCCAGCAGGUACUUUCGUCAAUCUGGUGUGGGAACCUGGCAGGCUGGAGAGGCAGCAGGACGGCCUGGAAGCUGUUUGUCUCUGUGGGGAUCUUUCUCACCAUGCCUUUCCUCUGCCUCGUCUACUGGAUUGCACCAAAGUCAAAGGUAGGAAAGAUCCUUAAGAUUCCUGUGAUCAAAUUCCUCCUUCACUCAGCUUCCUAUCUGUGGUUUCUAAUCACAUUGCUUGGAGAAUCAAUAACAAUGGAGAUGUAUCGAGACAAAUUUGCUUCCCGGCAGCAGAACAUGCUGCACAGCUCCUUCCACAUGGUGUGGGUGGUUGGAUUCUUCUGGUAUGAGUGUAAGGAAGUGUGGAUCGAGGGGCUGCGGAGUUACUUCCUGGACUGGUGGAACUGCUUGGACAUGAUGGUGCUCAGCAUGUACCUGGCGUCCUUUGCGUUACGUGUGCUCAUCAUGCUCAAAGGUUACCUCCUCUGCCAUGAUCAUAACGGCGCAGAGGAGUGUGUUUAUUUCACCCAGACUGUGCGUGAGGACUGGCAUCAGGAGGACCCCCAGCUUAUUGCCGAGGUGCUGUUUGCAGUGACCAGCAUGUUGAGCUUCACACGGCUGGCGUACAUCCUGCCGGCCCAUGAGUCUCUGGGAACUCUGCAGAUCUCCAUCGGAAAGAUGAUUGACGAUAUGAUGAGAUUUAUGUUUAUAUUGAUGAUCAUUGGAACAGCCUUCCUCUGUGGCAUCAACAAUGUCUAUGUUCCUUACGUCAUCUCUCCACAUCUUGGCAGGUUUAAUGAGACCUUCCACUUCUUAUUCUGGACCAUGUUUGGCGUGGCCAACCAGGACUACGUGGACAUGCCACAGUUUGUGUUGGCAGAGUUUGUAGGACGGAUUCUGUACGGCAUCUUCACGCUCGUCAUUGUCAUCAUCCUGCUCAACAUGCUUAUUGCUAUGAUCACCAACUCCUUUCAGAAAAUUGAGGAUGAUGCAGAUGUUGAGUGGAAAUUUGCUCGGUCCAAGCUGUACCUCAGCUACUUCAGAGAGGGCCUCACCAUACCUGUACCCUUCAACAUCAUCCCCUCACCCAAAGCUGUCUUUUACAUCUUAAGGAGUAUCUUCAGACAAAUCUGCUGCUGCUGCUCUUGUAAUUCUGAGCAAAAAUAUCCCCCGAUAGCCUCUAUGUCCAAUGAUAAGGGAUCUGAAGACAGCCAGUUACCUUACCGGCAGCAGGUGAUCAGGGCUCUGGUGCAGCGCUACAUUGAGUCAGCUCGCAGGGAGUUUGAGGAGACCAAGAGGAAAGAUAUCGGUAAUCGCAUCACUGAGCUGAGCAAAGCGGUCUGCAGGAUGCACAGUGAUAUGAAAGUGAUCCAGCAGCUUCUGAUGGAUGAUGGACACAUUCCAAGUGAUGCAUUGACCAAGGAUGGCUCCUCCAUACUAGGGAAAUACAUAAUUGGCGCCAAGAACAAUUUCAGAGGUUUUAACAGCAGACAAGAGGAAAAGAACACAUCACUCCAAGUGACAGUUCACCAUGAAGAGGAAGGGGUUGAUAAAGAAAAAGUUGCAGAUACAAAGCAGGAGUCAGACACACAACAGAAUCAGGUGGGUGAAUGUGGAGCAGAGGGGACAACGCAGGUAACGGACUGUGAUGUGGUGAAGAUGGAGGAAGGCAGAGCUAAAAUAGAGACGGAAGAUGAAAAGGAAACUGAGAAGGAAGAGCAGGUCGAAGCAGACAAAAAUCAAAAUAUGUACAAUAAAGUAAAAGAGGAGGGGGCAGCAGGAGCAAGUUUUAACAAUGUUGAAGAAAUGGUGAAAGCCGAGGUCACACAGGAUGAGGCAGAAAAUAUAAGGGAAGAAGAGAUACACACAGGGGCAAAGAUUGGUGAAAAACACACAGAGGCAACUACUGAACUAAUUGAGAGCAUCAAAGUCAGCAAUGAAACGACAGAGACAAAGAAAUUAGUAAAUAAAUUCAAAGACAUAGAGCUGCAAGAAAAAAAAGUGGAAGCCAGAUGGAUGAAGGGUAGAAAGUUCGAGCAUAACGUAGCUGAGAAGUCUGGUGUCAGAGAGAGCAACGACAAACCCGGAGUUCAGAAAACCAUUCCCUCGCCAACAGGCAGCAGCAGCUCCCAGGACACAGGCUUUGGUUCACAAGAAGGGGAGGGGUCAAUCGAUGGGUCGCUAGUGAGACCUUAGUGAUGUCCCACUUUUUCUACGUCUACACAAAUGAGCAGUGACUUCUUGGAGAUUUCAAGUCUGCAGCUUCUUCAUUUUGGCUCUGGAUAGUGACAGCGCUAAAGGUGGUGAAAGUUUGUCCCAAAGCUACAUAUUUAAACAGCUACAGACCAGAUUGAGAUAAUAUUUUUAUGCUUCUGGUCUAGCCUAGUCUAGACUGGUCAAAACUUUGGUCCUUGACAAGGUACCUUGAAAACUAAGUGCCAGCAAAUGAAAUGUCAGUUUGUAUACAGGACAUUUUAUAAUCUAAUCAGCCCACUGUCAUGAAAUUUAUUUAGCACAUUUAUGCUCCCACGAGACUUGAUUAUAAUAAUCCACACUUUCAUAUUAUGAGGUAAUAAUGAAUGUGGUUGCCUCUUGGGGUUACUAGCAAAGGUUUCACAUUUUUGGAGUAUAUUACAGUAUAAAUAUAGUCCAGCACAUAACCCAUGAUAAAACAGAAAACUGACAUUUUUACACUUAAGUCUUUGUAUGGUUUAAUCAAGAUUCAUUUGUGGGUUCUAAUCUUAAUCACUGAAACACUGAAAAACGUUUCAUGUCGUGUAAGCAGUCCUGCAAAAACCAAAGCUUUCUGGAUGACGCAUGCUGCGUGAAAAAAGUGAUUGUGUAUUCCUCUGACACAGGAAAGCCUCAAAAGAAUUAGUCAUAAACAUAGAUUCGAUUUUCCCAGUUCUUGAAACUCUUUUCUUAUAAUUAAUUACCAAGAAAGAGAUCAUUCUGUUGCUAAUCCUCUCAUCACAUUUUAAAUUGACCAACGGUUUUAACUCCAAAAAAGUAAGUGUACACCUUUAAGUCAGCAGCCUGAUGAGAUUUGUUUAGUAUAACAGACAACUUACACCAGCACACCUCAGAAAAGUGCCUUGUGACUAGGAAAUUACACUAAUUAGGACACUAAAAGUAGUGAUGACCUCAAACUGCACAUUAUGGGGGUGGUUCAUUUGUCAGCUGAUUAGGGCAAAUCUGUAGUUUCACUGCUCAUUCACACUGGGUGUUCCUGUCUUCUUCACUUCCAUUUUCAAAGUUCUCUGUUUAAUGGCAAAGAUUCUCUGGUUUCUCAUCAUAUGAUACUCAGAUAUCAGAAGAAAAUAGCCAUGUGUUCGAUUAAUG